ACCCUCCAUUAAUCGUCUUGUCCAUUGUCCAGAGUCCAGAGUCCAGAGUCCAGAAUCAUGGAUAGAAGGCUUCUCAAAUCUUCUCUCUGGUUCAUGGUUUUCUUCUUCAUUUUCUUUAACUUGGAGGGCACUGCCGAGGGAAGUUACUCUAGGGUCCUGAAUCCGGCAACACUUGGGCUUAAGAAAGAGAAGCUAACCCAUUUCCGCGUCUAUUGGCAUGACAUUGUUAGCGGUAGUAACGCAACUGCCAUCCGGGUCGCAGAGGCGCCGACGACAAACACUUCGGCUACCGGCUUUGGCGCUGUGGUGGUGAUCGAUGAUCCUCUGACAGAAGGACCAGAGUUGAGUUCGAAGCAUGUCGGACAGGCUCAGGGGUUUUAUGCCUCGGCAUCACAGAAGGAUGUGGGCUUGUUAAUGGCCAUGAAUUUUGCUUUCAUGGAAGGAAAGUACAACGGCAGCACGAUAACCAUAAUGGGGAGAAACCACGUUUUCUCCCAGGUGAGAGAGAUGCCGGUGAUAGGAGGAAGUGGGCUGUUUCGGUUUGCUAGAGGCUACGCUCAAGCCAGAACCCAUACCUUCGACCUGAAGACAGGAGAUGCUACCGUUGAGUACAAUGUUUAUGUCUUCCACUAUUGAUUUCUGUCAUUUUCUCUUGCCGAUUUUGAGCGCUUCUGUAGUCUGCUUUGCUUCUCUUAUGGAGGAGAUAUGUCGUGCUUACCUUCCUAUAUGCAUUAUUGUCUCAGUUAAAAUUUCGUAUUUGUUUGUGACUUUGGGUCAUUAAUACAUUGAACUUAUUAGUUUAUUAGUAGAAAAUUAUA